UGAAGUCUGAUGGGGAAGUAACUGUCAAAGUCGCAGAACAGACUCGGGAGACAUUUUAACCACUGUCUGCCUCGUUUCUGAACAUUUGUUAACCUGGAGUGAAGAUGUUUUCUAGAAAGAGGAAGGAGUUGGCGGCCAAAACACCUUCAGUAUCCAAAAAGAGUUACGCAGGAAACUCCGGAGCGCAAAACCCUUCGUUGUCUAUUGUUCAAGAGCACUCUCACAGUGACAUUGUCGAUGGCCCGUCUACAUUGACACCUCCAGACUCCAUCCCUUUGUCCUGUCCAGGAACCCCGUCCACCCAUUCAAAGUUAGUGGGGUGCAGUUCACCCGUCGCUCCUCUAAAACGCCCGUCGGGUCUCACCCGUCAUGCCAGCGCUGCUGGUUUCCCCUUCCAGACCGCUGGCACGUGGGGUUUUCAUAAGGGUUACAUCCGUGCCAGUCUUAUGCACGGGCACCAGACAGAGGUCGUGGAGGGGUCGGUCAUCGAGGUGGAGAGCAUUCCCCUGCUGCUCAGAGACGUCGCCCGGUUCGCUGAGGCCGUGGAGAAGCUGAAGGACAUGGUGAUGGGUGACGCUAAAGAAGACGUUCAGAGCCGCUCUGCUGUUCACGAGUGUUUGGGUGAAGUGUUACGAGUGUUACGUCAGGUCAUCAGCACUUAUCCUCUCCUCAACACUGUAGAAACUCUCACCGCCGCGGGAACUCUUAUCUCAAAGGUUAAAGGGUUCAGUUAUGAAGGCACCACUGAUGCCCAGAAGAAAGAUUUUGAGAAAGCCAUCGAGACCAUCGCCGUGGCUUUCAGCAGCAAUGUUUCUGAGUUGCUGAUGGGUGAGAUUGACAGCUCGACUCUUCUGUCCCUGCCGCUGACAGAGAAGAGCCGGUCUAUGGAGGAUCUGUACAGGGUUUCAUCAUCAUCACAGGGAUCUGAUGGAGGGGGUGAAUACAGUCAUCAAGACUGCAUGAGUCCACAGGAGGUUGAUAUUCUUCUGCAGCGCAGUGAAGGUGGAGUCGACUCGGCUCUCAAUUACGCCAAAUCCAUCGCCAAAUACAUGAAAGACAUCAUCGGCUACGUGGACAAGAGAAUCACUCUCGAAAAUGAGUUUUCAAAAGGACUUCAGAGACUCUAUCAGUCCUGCAAACAGACAAUCAUUCAGGAACACAUGCCCUUGUUGUCUAUCUUCUCUUUGGCUCUUGAGCAGGACUCAGAUCAGAGCUGCGGUUUACAGCAGGCCACAAAUAACAUCUAUACACACUCAUUUCUGCAGCCCAUGACACAGCGCAGACACGAACAUGAGAAGAAACGGCGAGAUAUCAAAGAACUGUGGCAGAGAGCCAAAAGAAAACUGGCUGAUGCAGAGUCGAAUCUUCGUAAGGCGCGUCACCUGUACAUCAGCCGUUGUGAGGAGUACGAGAGAGCUCGCGCAGCGGCCAAUAGGGUUGAAGAGGAACAGAGCGGAACAGGAACUAGCUCAACCACUAAAGUACUGGACAAGAAGAGACGACUGGAGGAGGAAGCUCGCAACAAGGCAGAGGAGGCGCAGGCCACGUAUCGCACCUGCAUCGCAGACGCAACGACAAAACAUCAGGAGCUGGAGGACAUGAAAGUGAACGUGCUGAAACAGAUCCAGGAGCUCAUCAGACAGACAGAUCAGAUCUUACGAGCGUCUACGAUCUCAUACUAUCAGACGAUGCACGUGCAGACGGCAGCUCUGCCGGUUCAUUUUCAGACGUUGUGUGAGAGCUGUAAGCUGUACGAUCCAGCGCAGCAGUACGCCGCUUACGUCAAAAACCUGCAGCUCAGGACUGAAGAACCAGUACAGUACCAGUUUGAGCCGUAUUCUGCGUCCAACCACCAGCCUCUUCGGACCCGGAACAACAGCCUCUGUAACAGCUCGGAGACUCCGCCCACCACAGAGGAGGUGGGGUUAGGAGAGGGGGGUGUGGUUAAACAAAGACGUGGUCAAGGUCGAGAUCAUCAGCAGGCUCAUAAGUCCUGGCCGUCCACACUGAGUGAUACAGAUAGUGUUUGUGCAGGCAGUGGACUUGGAUCACCAUCAUCCAGCACAGGAGACAUCUCAAAACCUUCCCGACCGGUGUCUGCUGCCACUUUGUCAUCCAAUGAAGAUCUAGAUGAUAGAGUUGGUACCAUGACCCCGUUUGAACAAAGUAGCAACGGUAUUGAGCCGGAAAGCGCAGCUCCCACUGGACCUUUCAGGAACGUUGGAUUAUCAAAAGCUGCAAAAACGCAUCGCCUGCGGAAACUGCGUACGCCGUCAAAGUGCAGAGAAUGUGAUAGCUAUGUGUAUUUCCAGGGUGCAGAAUGUGAAGAGUGUUUUCUGGCGUGUCAUAAGAAGUGUUUAGAGUCUUUGGCGAUUCAGUGUGGUCAUAAGAAGCUCCAGGGCCGUCUGCAGCUGUUCGGUCGGGAUUUCUCUCAGGUCCUGCAGGGUGAUGACAAUGGUGUGCCCUUCAUCAUUAAGAAAUGCAUCACAGAGAUCGAGAAGAGAGCGCUUAAAAUGAAGGGAAUCUAUCGUGUGAAUGGAGUGAAGACCCGCGUGGAGAAGUUGUGUCAAGCGUUUGAGAAUGGUAAAGAGCUGGUGGAGCUGUCGCAAGCAUCUCCUCACGACAUCAGUAAUGUGUUAAAACUUUACCUCAGACAGCUUCCAGAACCCAUCAUGCCGUUCCGUGUGUAUCAUGACCUGAUGGGUUUGGCGAAGGAAAGUCUGAACUCAAACCAUUCAGAGGCGGGUGAGGAGGUGAAGGGACCUGAGCUGGUGGAUCGAGGGUCAGAAACGGAUGCAGAAGUGUUGACGCUGGUGGAGAAACUCAGAGAGCUGCUGAAACGCCUGCCGGGACCCAACAUCUCCACGCUGAAAUACAUCGUGAGACACCUGCACAGAGUGUGUGAAGUGGAGCAGGAUAAUAAAAUGAGCGGCAGUAAUUUAGGCAUCGUGUUUGGCCCGACUCUGAUGAGACCCAAACCCACCGGAGCGACGGUGUCCCUCUCAUCUCUGGUGGAUUAUCCACAUCAGGCUCGAAUCGUCGAGGCUCUAAUCAUCUUCCAACACAACAUCUUCAUCUCAUCUUCAUCAACGACCUCACCUUCAUCCACCUGUGUGACAGGAGGCCAGUAUUGUGAGGCUGGAACUCAUGAAGAACAGAACACAGCAGAUGGGGAAUGUGGUGACUCCGUGGGUUCUUCGGGUUCUCAGGAAUGUUUACCUGACUCAGAUUCUGAGGGAGAUGAAAUGAAUGGAGGAGACACACAGAGCCCCCCUCUGCUCAGUCAGGAGAGCGAGACCAGCACAGACGAAGAUCAGCUGAGUCCCAGAAUAAGUCUGGAUCUGAGCGGAUUCGUACCAGAGACCAUCCCUGAACAGACCACCGGUACUGAUGAUGCAGCGGAAUCAAACAAUGAGCACCUCUGAUAUCACUGAGCUUACGAUUUUACAGAGAAAAUACAGAAGAGUUAAAUACAUCAAAACGAUAACAUGCUUUCUUAGCAUGUUUAACCAAUUAUGAUUUUACUGUAGAUAUAUUAUACUUCAUAUAUAAGAUGAUGGUCAGCUGGUUUUAUUCUCUGAAUAUAUUUUGUCUACGCUCAAAUCUGCUCAUUUAAACACAGGCACUGGAGUUGUUUUCUGUUCCGUUUAUAGGAGAAAAAUAGAUGAAAAGAUAAUUAAUAGUGGGCUGUGUGUGUCAGUGGACAUGCUGCUGGUCAGUGUGCUGCUUUGAAUGGUUACACACUUUUUUAAGAGAGAAAGAGACACUGAUGUUGUGUCAAAGAUUUCCUUCAUCUGAAAUCUUCUUUCAUCUGUGUGUUUCAUUAAUGUUGUGAUAGCAGGAGGGUAGUACCGACUGUCUGAACAGCCCUGUGACUGCGGAUACAUGGGAAAUAUUUACUGAUAACUUGAUAAACACUUAACAUAACUUUGACAAACAUUGACUGAAUUAAAUAACAGUGUAUAUAUUUUGGAAAACAAAAUAUUUAAUAAAGAAUAGAUGAUGA